UGUGCACGGUUUGUGACGAAACCCAGUAUGUGGCAGCGGAGUGUAAUACACGCAGGGAUACAAUCUGCUUUGAUGCUUCAUAUCCAAUGGGGAUUAUUCCCAUGAACCAGUCUCAUUUGCCAGAUGACGGCACGGAAAUCUCCGUGAACCACUCUUCCAACGUCUUCAUGGAGCGUUUAGUCAACAUGGACGCCUUAGAAACAGCCAUGUAUGUGACUAACAAUCAGCAGAGCUUGGACUUCGCCUGGCCUCGAACCUCUGGUCUGGACAUAGCGGUCAGUAUCUCGGACGUCUACCUGGUCCCAGAUUACCACGACAUGGAGGCCGUGGACGAUACGGCCUUGUUUCACCGGUUGUCUGACCCCAGUCAGAAGAGCAGGUUUUACUAUAAUCACGUUCAGUCUCACUACUGUAGGCACCCUCUACCAGACUACUACUCUAUACAGAUGGAGCUGAUCGCCAACAGAACCUCCACUGCCCAGGUGGUCAGAUGCGACUCCCAGGAUGAGUCCGUGACCAGAUGCCCUGGUCACUUCAAAGACGGGGAUCGAUACCUCAAGUGGAACAUUAACUCACCUUGCCCUAGUUACAUGACGACCAAACUGGCUCCACUAAAGGAUGGUCCAAACAGCGUGGUGUGUACAGAAGAGACGGACAUACUUCGCCAGGUUUUCCACCGUUCCCGCCCAACAACUCAGGAGUACAUGUUCCCUUCCAGAGAGUGUGAGCUAUACAGGCAGAAGUGUGACCAGUGUCUGAAAUCUUCCACGUGCCCCUCAAACAGUACCAGCCAAUGCUGCGGGAUUCACUGUUACUGGCAGACGUUUUGUAAGAAAACAUUCAGUCCAGACUGCCCACUUCCAUCGGUGGAAUGUGCUACAGGGGAGGUAAACAUCUUUUCACUGUUCCCCCAUUUUGACUCCUUGGAUUACCAGUUUGCCUGCCACCUGAGGUACGUUCCACCACAGAAACUGUACAGCGUCAGCUAUACUAUCAACAUCCCCAGCGUCAACUUCAACACAACAUCUCAACAUUUCACUGUGGCCUCAAAUUCCAGAGGAGAGCAUGAGAGAAGAAUAUCACAUUUUGAUUUUAUAACAGCCCUGCAUGACACCCGCAUCAAAGUGCCGGAAGAGCUCAUCCUAAUUGGCAACCACAAUGAGCUAAAGCAUUACCACGCCCGGCUCAUGCAGCCGUAUGCCAUCCGAGAACUCAAGACGGCCAGCGAUUUGAAGAAAGAGAAGAGCAGCUCCAAGGGUAAUACGUCAAGAGCUGCUUAUGUACAGUUUGAGAAGCCUUUCUUGUUUAGUUCACGGUCUUGGUACAAGGAUGGCUGUCGUAAAAAUGUGUCUCAG